CACUUAAAGAACAGUACGUUAGUAUACAUAUGAAUUCACGAUGGAUAGCAGUUUACAAAAAUGCUUAAGAACUGCUGAAUGGAUCAGCAAGAGCCCGCUAUCAGGUGGCGAGUUUGUACCAACAAGUGCAGAUGAAAGGAAAUCAUUCACAAAGGUUUUCGGGCCAACCACGCCACAGAAACAGUAUCUAAUAAAAGUGAAAGAUUCCACACUCUGCCUCAGUGAAAAUACAUAUUUACACAGAGAACCUGUUCAAGCAAACGACUGGCAAACCAAGCUAAGUGAUGAAAAAUUGGAGGCACACGAAAAAUUUGAAAAUAAUUGUUUAAGCAGUUGUGUGGACGAUGAAAUGAAAAGAAUGCAGCGUUCGAAAUUUCUUAACACGAAAUUGUCAUCGGUUGAUGGUAGAGGGGUGCGGAAGAGGGAAAUAUGGAAUGAUGGCAGUUUGGUGGAUAAUCAAAGGGAGAAAAUGUUCGGAAAGGAGGGGUUAGAAAAGAAUGGGAGUCUGUGUGAGGUGAAAGGUGUGAUGCUGAGAAAUAACGAGGAAAAAAUUGGCAAAUACUCGAGACAAUCAAGAAACAUAAUUGGUUUAGCUAAAACUUCCAAAUUCUGACCACAGAAUCAGAAGACCACAGUAUAAAUUGUGUUAUCAAUGGUAAACCUAGUAAUGCAUUGUGGAAUUGGUUGGUGCAACAAUUUACCAUGAAGUAUGUCAUAUGACCAGCCUGUAAUUUGUUGACAAAGCAUGUCCGUAAUUGGUAAACUGGUGCAUUGCCUAAUCUGAAACACGCUUUUACCCAAAAUUUUGUCAUAACACCAAGAGAUUUUUUUAAAAAAAGGUCUAUAGACUCUA